UAUUAGCAGCCAGCUUAAUUAAUAAUUAGUCCGGUAGGUACUCCAUUAAUACAAUCUUCAAUAUUUGCCCCCAAAAUAUUCAUAUGAUUAUACUAUAAAUAGAGGCGAAAAUUUUCAUUAGUUUCCUCAAGCAAGAAAAGAAAUUAUGGGAUCAAAGACAUUUAUGUUUCUAGCCAUUUCUUUGGCUAUUUUUGUAAUAACAUCAGAGGUUGCAGCUAGGGAGUUGGCUGACAGCUCUAACGCAAAGGAAAAUGACGCAAAACUUGUAGGAGGCGGACUUCCAGGAUUUGGAGGAGGCGGAGUUCCAGGAUUAGGAGGAGGACGACUUCCAAGAAUUGGAGGAGGCGGACUUCCAGGGUUUGGAGGAGGCGGAGUUCCAGGAUUAGGAGGGGGAGGACUCCCAGGAUUUGGAGGAGGCGGACUUCCAGGGUUUGGAGGAGGAUUUCCAGGGUUUGGGCGAGGUAGGUUUGGUGGAUAUCGUGGAGGCGGAUAUGGUGGAUAUCCUGGCGGUGGCUAUGGUGGAUACCCUGGUGGUGGCGGCGGUGGAUACUACGGAGGUUAUCCAGGAGGAGGAUAUGGUGGAUUUCCUGGUGGUGGUUAUAUAUGGAGGACACCCUAGAGGUGGUGAGUUUGGAGGUUGACCUCGCAACUAAAUAUUUUACUAAAUUAGGAAUAUAUAUGAAGAAUGUUCAUGGUGACUAUUUAUAUAUUGUGUGUUUAGUAAUGUAUUUUUUUUUGUUGAAAGGAUGAAUAAGAGUGGAUUUCCUUUUUCUCUUACAUGUAAUUGGAAGUCAUAUAUUUCCUUUGUAUUUA